AGUGCACUUCCGGUCCUGAAUCAGUAAGCUGGGUUUCGGCUUUUAUCAGGUCUCAGGUCGGCCUUGCUGCUUCGUAUUGCUCUGGGCUCUGCCACGUUUGUAACUACACAGGUGUAAAAUGUCGAUUGUGCGCAAUGUUUGGUGCCUGACCAGAGAAAGAGUUGCACAGGCCAUACUUGGUGCUUCCCCUAUCAGAGCAUAUCGUGGUGAUACUGAUGAUCAUUUAACAGAUAUCAUACAAAUACCACUGCCUCCAUGGGAAGAGCGAACAAAUGAGCCACUGGACACAAAGCGAGCACGUCUGCUAUACGAGAGCCGUAAGCGUGGAAUGUUAGAGAAUUGCAUCUUACUGAGUUUCUUUGCAAAAAAGUACCUGAAUGAAAUGACUGAGAAGCAGCUAAGUUUGUAUGAUAAACUGAUCAAUCAGCCAACCAAUGAUUGGGAUAUUUACUACUGGAUAACAGAAACCAAGCCGACUCCUCCAGAAUUUGAUAAUGAAGUAAUGACUUUGCUGAAAGAAUUUACCAAAAAUCGUAAUAUGGAACAUCGAGCAGGGCAGCCUGCCCUCGACUAUCUCUUUGAAGACAAAAAUUAAAAUGGGUUUAUAUUGCCCCUACAUGAACUACUGACAAUAGAUGGAUUUACUUUUGCAAACACCAGGUAUACUCAGCAGCACACGGAAAUUCCUAAAUUCAAAUUUCACUUUGUUAGCAUUUUGCAAAAUUGCAUACUACUGAACCUUUUUUCUGUGGUGUGUGAACUGCAUUAUAUACAUAAAAGUAAACCAUGCAGCUAAAAUACUCCCCCAUCAAAGUUUGAGUCCUUCAUACUUCUGUGUCAGAAACAAUUGAUUUAUAUAAAUAUUAUUGAAUGAGAUCAAUUUAUGAUUGUGUAUAAAAGAAAGUUAAGCUUAUCUCUUGAAAAUAAGACUAUCUUUGGAAAGAUAGUAUAAUAUAUUUCUUUGAACAUUGUUCAUUAGCUGAGUGGUUAGGUGUGAUAUUUGGGUAAUGUGAUACAAAGUUACAGAUGAUUAGCUUUCCUAGGUUAGCUAAGCCUGGCAGAAGAAUGAUUGAAAUUGGCAAAUCCUUAAACCUAAUUACUCCUCAAUCCCACAUGAAAAAUUAGUGAGGGUGAGAGGGAAAAAAAUUACAUGAUCAGAUCUCUUGCCCUGACCAAGACUAGAAUUUAGGAAAAGGAGAAUAUUCAGAAGAUUGAAAGAACCUGUUCAGGGUACUUGAAAGCUAAUGUUAUUAAUAGAAUCACAUAACUACGGGGUAAAAAAGAAAGGAAAAUGAGUUGUUUAUCCAUGAAAGACAACACUGGCUUUGGCCAUUUGCCUUAUUUGUUAACCAGAAUAAAAUUGAAUGGAGUAGCAGUAUUUUGUUAAAUUUAGGUUAACAGUAUCAGUGAGAGAAAAUUAUUUAAUCAUACAGAUGUUUCUGUAAGAACAACUCCUUCCAAUCUCACAAGAUUCCAUUACAAGUAUGAACAUUGAGGUUAUGGAACUAUAUUGCUGUGUUUGUUUACUGUUAAAGUGCAAUGUUCAAGAUUUCUGUAUGUCCACCACUGCUAUUACUUUCAUUUGGACUAGGACAAGCAAAUUCAUAAAAUAAAAGUUGAAGCUGUAUCACGAGCUUCUUAAUUAUA